AUGCCAUGCCCUUGUGAGAUUUACCAAGCACUCCAGAACAAUACAUUCUUUGAACUGCAUCACCUACAUCAGUUUUGGACAACUCUACGAAUCAAUUCAGAAGUCAAAGUUCGUCACGAAGAAGGGUCGAUAGAUUUGCAACAUUUUGAUAGUCUUGUUGCUGUUGUUAGGUCCAAAGAUGACGAAUAUAUUCGAAGGGUAAAUGCUUUGCUUGAUCCUCAUGUCUACCCGGAUCAGGGAGAAUAUAGAGAACCGGAUGUAAAUGAAUCACGUAGAGGUCGACCUGCGAGUAGAGCCUCUACGAGUCGUAACUUGUCUUCGUGGGAGAUAAGUUGUCUCGACAUCCCUCAAGGGGUUAAGAGUUCAUCACAUAGUUUCUCUCGUGGUCGUAGUGCUUCACGUGGGCGUAGUUCCUCACGUGGGCGUGGUUCCUCAUAUGGGCGUGGUCGAGGGACAACGAAUUUCCAAAACACUCAAGGUGGUGGUCGAGAAGCAGUUCUUCUUUGGGAGAAUUGUCAUAAGAUUCCUCAGUUUAUUUUGCCAUAUAUCGAAGGCUAUUUGGACGUUGUUGGCGACGGCAAUUGUGGUUUCCGUGUUAUAGCCGAUUGUGUUUUGAAUGAUCAAAAUCAAUGGAUGGAUAUAAGAAGGCAAGUGGUUGAUGAGUUACUUUCGUUCCCUAAAGUAGAGUCGGUGAUGGCUGGGAUGCUCGCAGGUGGGCUUGCUGGAGAAGAUGAUGGUCGCCGGAAUCACGUGGAGGGGAUAGAGGCUUACCGGCGGUCUUGCGUGUGA